AUGGAGGAGCUAAUUGAGAAUAACAAUUGGUAAAUAUAGGAUCUCUUUUAGGAGUAUAAUUCUAUUAAUCAGAGAUCUAAUGAAUAAUUAUCAAAUUUACUUUAAAGAGUGUAUUCAUCACUCAAUGAAGAAUAAGAACUAGAUUUCAACUUUAAUAAUUUUACAAGCUCUCCAGAAUUACUGUAUGAGGAUUUAAUAUUUUUGUGCUUAAAAGUAAAAGGAUAUUUUUCAUAUUAUCCAAGACCAGCAUAAUUAUUGGCAGUAAUAGAAUUAUAUAAUCAUAAUUUUAAUUAAGGACGUUUGGCUUAAAUUUAUACUGGGGAAGGGAAAACUCUAAUCAUAGCAAUGCUUGCAAUUUUAUUGAAUUAAAAGAAAUAGUCUAAUGUUGAUGUAGUAACUAGCUCCCCUGUUUUGGCAACUAGAGAUGCCGAAUAAUUGAAAGAAUUUUAUAGCUCAUUUUCAGUCACAGUAUCUCACAAUAUUGGUGGAUCAAAAAGUAUAACUAAAGGAAUGCUACCAUGUUAUAAUUCAAAAGUAGUUUAUGGAGAUCCUCAUAGUUUUUAAGCUGAUAUUUUAAGACAUGAAUAUUAAGAAAGAGGUACUAUGGGUAAUAGAAAAUAAGAAUAUAUUAUUGUUGAUGAAGUUGAUUCUAUGCUUAUUGAUGGAAAUAGCAAUAAGACAUUAUUAAGUUCUCCUUUGCCAGGAAUGCUUGAUUUAACUAAGGUUCUCAGAUUAAUCUGGGAUGAAAUCUGUAAGGCAGAAUCAAACUUAUCAACAGAAAAGAAAGUUAUGAUUAUUGAUGAAGAAAAUUAUUAUAGUGUUGAUUUGAAAGAAUAUGUAGAAUCUACUUUGAAUCUCUAGUUAAAAGAUGUAUUAAACGAAUUUAUACCAAAAUACAGAUUAAAUUAUAUCGAGUUCAUGAAGAAAACAUGGAUUGAAAAUGCCAUUCAGGCAAAAUAUAAUCUCCAUGAAGAUUGUCAUUACAAAAUAGAAAAUAAUAAUGUUAGAAUAAUUGAUUUUUAGAACACAGGAGUUAUUCAUAAAAAUAAUAUGCAAUGGGAAAAAGGAUUACAUCAAUUUGUAUAAUUAAAGCAUAAUCUUCCUAUUAGCCCUAUAUCAAUUAACACAAACUAUCUAUCGAAUAUUACUUUCUUUAAAAGAUACAAGAAUAAAAUUUUAGGGUUGACAGGUACAUUAGGUUCAUAGGUUACAUAGAAUCUAUUGGCUAAGUAGUACAAUUUAGACUUUGUUUUCAUGCCUCCUUAUAAAAAGAGACAAUUAAAAGAAGAGCUAGGAUAUGCAGCCCUAAAGGAAAAGGAAUGGAAAGACACUAUUCUAUAGGCUGUUUAAUAAUAAAUGAACAACAAGAGAGCAGUUCUUAUUAUUAAUAGGACAAUUUAAGACGUCAAUAAAAUUUAAUUACAUUUGCAAAAUUAUAAUCUAAAAUCUGUAGUAUAUUAUGAUGACAGCCAAUAAAUAGAUCAUGAUAUAAAGCCUAAUUCUCUUAUAAUUGCAACUAAUUUGGCUGGAAGAGGAACAGAUCUUAUUACAAACGAAGAAUUAGAAGAUAAUGGAGGUUUACAUGUGAUUAUGUCAUUUUUACCUAGAAAUAUCAGAAUUUAACAAUAAGGUUUUGGUAGAACAGGAAGACAAGGUAAAAAAGGUACAGCUCAACUUAUAGUUAAUUAUGAGGAAAAUCUAUAUGUUGGUUAAUUAAAAUUAAACACUAUUGAAGAUGUUAAAGCUUAUUAUAUUAGAAAUGUUAAUACAACCUUUACAACUUUAGACCUCCUUGUAUAUUUAAGAAAUUUUAAUGAGAAAUUUUAUUCAGAUGAAAUAGAAUUGGAAAUGAAAAGAUUAGAAAAUGAGGAUAGAUGUUUUGAAAGGUUCUGCAGAAUUGCAAAAAGCAUGGUUUGUUUCAACGAGAAUCAUGCAGCUUUCAAAGCUUUGGAAGAAAAAUGGGGCCUUUAUUUGGAAGAACAUCAAGAGACUGGAUUAAAGGAAAAUGAAAUUGAAACAAUUUUGAACUAAAAUGAUUCUUAAAAUCCAAAGUAUUUGAUUUUGUAAGGAUUGGAAAGAGAUAAUUUAGAUAUGUUUAGGAGGGCUAUUCAAAUUUAAGAAAAUGAUCCUUCUGCAUAUUAUUAUUAAGGAUUCUAUGAAAUAAAACAGAAAAAUUUUCAACAAGGAAUAUAAUCAUUGUAGAAAGCAAAAGAAUUAUUUCAAAACAAAAUUGAUGAUGAAAAAGGAUUUUCAACUGCAUUUAAAUUAAAUAGAUCAUAAAUAGAAUAAUUUUCAAAAAAACUUGAAGAAAUUAGACAAUCAAAUAAUGAAGAAUAAACUUAAAUGUUGCCAUAACUAGAUCUUGAAAUGAAUUCUUUUUAAUAAUCUAAUGAGAUUAACUAAGAUAAUCAUAACAAUAUUUCAAAUAUACAAAAUAAUACUUCUAAUCAAGAAAUAUAAUAAGAUGUGAAUAAUCAAAAUAUACAAAAUUAAAAUUAAAAUAAUUAACAAAAAUUAGAUAAUAGUGAUUCAAAAGCCAAGAAUCAUAUUAAAGUUUACGAAUAACUUAUUUAAAAUAUUAAUGAAACUUUAAAUACUUUUAAUACAUUUAAUCCUGAAAAAGAAAAUAUUGAUGUAAAUUGGGCCCUUUUGCAUUUCAAUGAAAAAAAUGAAGACGGUGAUGAAAAAAUGUCAUCUAAAGAUAAACAAGAAGUGAUAAAUGACGGACCCUUACCUUUGUUAGGAAAAGUUAUAAAAACAAAAAAAGAAAGAAAGAAAAAAAAAUGGUGGCAAUAUCUAGCCAUGUUUGUAAUUGGAGCAGUUCAGUUUGUUGUAGGAUGUGCAAUAAGUGCAUUAACUUGUGGAGCUGCCUUACCUAUAGGAAAAACUUUUAUAAUUGGAGGAAUUUCCGAUAUGGUCUAUUCUGUAGCAGCAGCAUGGAAAGGAUUAAAUAUUGAUUGGGGAGCUUGGGGAUAAAACAAAAUGAUCAAUAUUGCAUCAGCAUUAGUCUUAGCAGGACCUUCUGGAAUUAAGGAAGCUCUGUAAAUCGGAGGCCAAGCAUUUUAAACAAUAAAAUAAAUUGGAAUUAAUGAAUUUUUGGAUUAAAUCCCAACUGUUACAGCAGAUGGAUUGAAAAAAGCAGGUUUUUGGUUAAGUGAUUUAGAUAAAGUAAACAUCUAAAAUUAAUAUCAAACUUUGCAUAUGAUAUAAGAAACUGCUUUAAGAACAUAGAAUUAUCAUCAAAUAUUAAAUUUAGCAACAGAAGUAAUAGGAGAUUAAGUUUAAAAUGGAACUAUUUCUGAAAGUACGGGACAAAAUCUAUAUGAUUUAAUUAAUUAAUGUUUUUAAUAAUCAAAAGGAACAGUUAAAGGCUUUCAAAAUAGUUUUUGUGAAUUAACAAAAAAAUAUAUAAAAUUAUAGAUAGCUAAAUGUAAAACUAAAAAAUAAGAAGAGAAUUUAAAAUAAGAAGUUGAAGAAAUUUGUUCUAUAUAGGGUAAUAGAAAAUAUAAUGGGAUAUAAAGCAAAAUUCAAGAAUAUUAAUUAUAUGAAAUAACACUAAAUAAUGAAAUUGAGUAAUUUUCAAAAAUUUGUUUAAAUAAUUUAUUCCAAAGACAUUGAACUUUAAAAAAAAAUACUAACUUUGGAUCUGUAUUUUGAAAAAUUAUGCAAUCCUUAGAAUGUGAAUCAAUAAAUAACCAGUAUCAACAUUUAAAAAUAUUUAAAUUCAAACUUCGAUAUAAAUGAUUAAGAUAUUUAAGAUGAAUGUAAUAAUGUAAAGAUAGCAGACGAAAUAUCAAUGAAUAGAUUGUAUUAGAAAGUAAUCAGACCAGAAAUCAUGGAUAUAUGCAAUAUAUUCAGUGAUAAAUGCUAAUUCAUAGAGCCAAUAGAAAUAAUUUUUGAGGAAUAGUAUUAAGCCCAUUCUAAUGCUCAUAUAGAGAGAUUUAAGUUACAAAACUAAUAAUUAUUCAACUUACAAUAAUAAAUGCAGAAUUAAGUGAGUACUUAGUAAAUUGAAUAAAUUGAAUAAUAAUUAAAAUAAAUAUUUGGUUAAGAACCCAAAUAAUUGGUGUAAAAUGUUAUCAACUAUAUGAAAAAUUAAUAAAUGAUUAAUGAUGAUGGAAUCACAGUUUCAAAUCAAUUUAUGAAUCAGUUUAAAAAUUUUUUGAACCAACAAAAUUAUUGUAGUCAGAAGAUCUAGAUUAUGGAAUCAGCUAUGUAAAGUACUCUUUAGGAACUAGAAAAUUUAAGAAAAACCAGAAAACCCUUUGCAAAAGCUUUAAUUGAGGCUGUAGAAAUAGAAAUUAUUGAUGAAAUAGAAAAAUACAUCUUUAAAUCAAGAAUAAAGAAAUAAGAUAAAAUUCUAACAAGUCAAUAUGAAUGA